CGCAACGCGCUGCGGCCGGGAGCUCACGCCGCGGCUCCCGGCGGCCGGGAAGUACAGGCAGCAGCCAUGCCGCUCUCCCUCGCCUUCACCUUCGCCCUGCUCCUCUGGUCUCCGGUCCCCGGCGAGCUGUCCUUCCAGCACCCAGGCGAGCAGACCGACCUCUCUGACCCCGGGGAGCGCGCCGCCAGAAACGGGCGAAUCGUGUACGCCGGCGUGCCUGACUCGGCCGGCGCUCCAGCCGGCAGGCGCCUGGACAGCUGGUACAGAGUGGACGAGGCGCUGCUCCGGAGGGCCCACCUGCUGUACGACGGGCGCAGCUCCCGUCCAGCGGCGCCCACCGGCGACGGCGACGGAGGUUUCCUGAUGCCCGCUGACGACACAGACACACCGGGCGAGCCGCGGCGCUUCUCCGUGCCGGAGCAGUGGCUGACCGUGCCCGAUAUGGAGGAACCUCCGCCUGGCCAAACUGCGCUCGUCUGACGUCUCACUGCGGCGCACAGUAAUACAUAAUCAACAUAUGUGAAGAGGUGGCAUGACACAGAGCCAAUGUAUCCACGGAGACAACAUGACAACUGUAAAAAGAAGAACAAAAGUGUUUAGAGAUAUAUGAAACAUAAAGAACAUGAAAACCUGUACUAACAUUUUCCUUGAUCCAAUAAAAAAAUUGUUAAAUAUU